AUGAAAGAUACCCUAACCACAGACUACUCUACAUUCACAGAUCUCCUGCUGCUUGAAAAAGAGCUUCUCCUGCAGUACCAGCUACUAGCGGUCAAAUUGAACAAAUUGGCCUCGGAAAUCGCCAGCUUGAACAGACAGAAAACAGCCUCGGAAGGAGCCGCCGUUCCAGCAGAUGCCCUUCUAGGAAACAUGAGAAACUUAGAGAGAAAGAUUGGGCUUGUUUACACGUUGUUCAAAACGGCGGUUUAUCUGAUGCAAUUGAGGAACCAGGAGUUGGAGGAAUUGGAGAGAGACAGGCCUGAGGAGUUGCACUCUGAAGAGGAGGAGUAA